AACACAACCUAACACCAAACCAAUAGAUACUUCUUUCAAUCCAUUCAAGCAUGGCUUAUGCUAAGCUCUCUCUUUUGCCUUUUUUCUUGGUUGCCACGUUAUUGAUGAUGUUUCCCAUGAAGAAGGUAGAAGCAGAUCUUUGUGAGAAAUUUGCUUGUUCCAGAUCUGACCCAGUGUGUAAUGAUGGUUGUCAUUGUAUACUUUCUAAGGGUGCGGAGGGUGGUGUUUGCGUAGGAAACAAACAUGUUGUAAAGAAGGUGGAAGAACAUCCUGACCUAUGUGAGUCUCAUGCAGACUGCACAAGAAAGGGAAGUGGGAGCUUCUGCGCUCGUUAUCCGAAUUCGGAGCUUAAAUAUGGCUGGUGUUUUGACUCUAACUCUGAUGCAGAAGUCUCAUUCAAGGAUGCUUUUACUCUGAAUCUCUAACUUGAAAAUGCCUUUAGAAGUUUCUGCUUAAUAUGUACAAGAAAAACCAUGCAUGCAUGAUCUCUCUAGUUAAAUAAAAUUGCUAUGCAUGUCUUUAUUUCCAACUAAGUUUGGAUUUCUUAGACACUUCGAUUCAUAAAUAAUGUAUGCAUGUGUGUGGACUAUGUACUUUGUUAUAUAUGUUUUUACUUUGCAAGUUAUGGAAUCUAUAUAUGUUUUAACUUCA